UGAGUCACACGUCGGGCCCACUUUAAAAGUGCUGCUGCCUCCGCAGGCCGAGCACUCCAGUGUGGAUGUUUGGGUAGGAAACCUCAGACCUCAAAGAUGGAGCAUAGCGGGCUGCUCGCGCUGCUCGUGCUGCUCGGUUGCAGCGGUUCAAUCUGUGCAGUGGUGCAGUGGAAGGAACUGAAUGAGGCGCAGGCUUAUUUGAAGCAGUAUGGCUACCUGAAUGAGUCCACUGAUCCACAGGACCCCAGCUACCUGGAGGAGGUCAUUGAAGCUCUCAGCAUCUUCCAAAGGGUGAAUGAUCUGCCCCCCAGUGGCGAGUUGGACGAAGCCACCCUGGCUGUGAUGAGGCAGCCUCGCUGUGGCCUGGAAGACCCCUUCAACAAGAAACAGCCCAGAUACAGAUUGAUGGGUCGCUGGAGGAAGAAGAGUCUGACUUACCGCAUUUACAACUACACACCUGACAUGAAGAAGGCCCAGGUGAAAACAGCCAUCCGGGACGCCUUCAAGUACUGGAGCGACAUGACUGAUUUGACCUUCAGAGAGGUGGAAUACGGAAGAGGCGACAUCAGGAUCAGCUUCCACAAGAGAGAUGGCUACUGCGCCUCCCCGUUCGAUGGCCGCGGUAAUGUACUUGCCCACGCAGAGGCGCCAGAAUCUGGAAUGGUCCACUUCGACGAGGACGAGUUCUGGACGGAGGGGACGUACCACGGCUCUAAUUUGCGAAUCGUGGCGGCUCACGAAAUCGGCCACGCUCUCGGCUUGGCUCAUUCUCAGUUCAGAAGUGCUCUAAUGGCCCCGGUCUAUACUGGUUACCGUAGCAACUUCAAGCUGCACUUCGAUGAUGUGCAAGGCAUCCAGGCACUGUAUGGCAAACGCACCACCGGAACUGCAUCCAGUCCAACAACUUCAGACGGUGUCUUUCCAACUGAAGAAAGCAGCAGUGGCACCGAGAGCGUCCCUGACCCGUGCACGGCCACACUGGACGGCAUCAUGCUCGGUCCUUGGAGGAAGACCUUUGCCUUCAGUGGGAACUACAUGUGGACCAUAUCUGAUCUGGGACACAACCCGCCAUUAAGGAUCAACAGGCUGUGGAAGGAGCUCCCUGGCAACCUGGAUGCAGCAGUGCACUCUCCAAGGACCGAUAAGACGUACUUUCUUAAAGGACAAGCAACAAAAGUGCCACAUUGGCAUCAAUGCAUUGUGUUGUCCAAGUGUGCUGUUUUUGCAUCUACUUUAGGAAGUAAAGUGUGGCGGUAUUCUGGCUUUGUGCUGGACUACGGCUACCCUAAGAAAGUGCACCGCAUCUCUCCUAGCAUUGAUGCAGCUUUCUACCUGGAGAAGAACAAGAGGCUGAUCUUCAUCAAGGGUUCUAAUUUCUGGCAGUGGGACGAGCUCAAGUACAACACGUUAACUCCCAGGCCGCUGUCCACGCUCUUCACCGGCGUACCGUCCAGCCCGGACGCCGCCUUCACCUGGACCAACGGCAAGGUGUACUUCUUCAAGGGAGAUGACUAUUGGCGUGUCAACGAUCUGCUGAGGGUGGACAGAGGAUACCCACUGAGCAAGGAAGAGCGCUGGAUGGGAUGUUGAGGGUCGCUCUACAGGGGGCAGCAGACUCCAAAAAGCAUGGGGUCUGCUCCUGCGGGGCAUUUCGGACAAGCACACAAACUCUUUCACCCUCUUGGAUUAUCCGGCUCCUUGCUGUACUUUUGUGACUGUGAAAAUUAUGUAAGAUUUUGUAUGAUGUCUGGAGAAAUUAAAGGGAGGCCUAUGUUUUUUGCUCUCUCUCAAACAUUUGUGUUAAUUAUCAGCGUUGAUGCUAUGAAGAGGAUGUAACACGAUGAUGGGAGUGUGCUCUUUUGACCAGAACCCUUUGAUUUACAGUACCUCCAUUGUGCACUUAUUCACACUGGGUCACUGGCAAACAGCACAAGCUGUAUUUCCUGAUAUUUUUGCACAAUUAAACACAAUACGAUG